UGGCGACACGGAAAUAAACAGCGUUGUGGUGGCAAAACAGAUUGCACAACACAGAAUCAGUAUUUUUACUACGCCACAGCACAAGUUUGGGAGAAUCCAGAACCAACGAGUCCUCAACUGGGGCAUUAUCGUGGGUUUCCUUCAGAAUCGAUCGGCUGAGGCCUCGCUCAGCUGACUUCCCAGACGGUCUGCACCGCGAUCGCUGCGGCAGGAGCUGGGGUAAACCCGAGCAGAGAGCGACAGCAGCACGGCAUGCGACUGCAGGUCCGUUAGCCAAAACGGGCGCCAAAUCCAAGACCAUGACUAUGGACGAGUUCCAUCCCUUCAUUGAGGCUCCGCUGCCUCACGUCAAGUCGUUUGCGUACACCUGGUUCAACCUGCAGGCGCGCAAACGCAAGUACUACAAGAAGCACGAGAAGAGGAUGACCCCCGAGGAGGAGCGUCAAGUCAAGGAGGAGCUCCUGAGCGAGAAGCCGGAGGUGAAGCAGAAGUGGGCGUCGCGGCUCCUGGCCAAGCUGCGGAAGGACAUCCGGCCCGAGUACCGAGAGGACUUUGUCUUGAGCGUGACGGGAAAAAAGCCGCCGAGCUGCGUCAUGUCCAACCCCGACCAGAAGGGGAAGAUGCGGAGGAUCGACUGCCUGCGCCAGGCCGACAAGGUGUGGCGGCUGGACCUGGUGAUGGUCAUCCUGUUCAAGGGCAUCCCGCUGGAGAGCACGGACGGGGAGCGGCUGGUCAAGUCGGCCAACUGCACGCACCCCACCAUCUGCGUCCAGCCCCACCACAUCAGCAUAUCGGUGCGGGAGCUGGACCUGUUUGUGGCCGGAUACAUGCAGCAGCACGAGAACACUGGCAGUGAUUCUGGGGACAGCAUGUCAGUUUCCAGUGACCCCGACAUAAAAGACCCAGCGCGGUGGAUUCCUGCGUCGGGUAUUUUAACCAGAACGGGAUUGGCCAGGGAGGGUCACUGCCAUUCAAACGGCGUCGAUCCCAGCCGAGCGAAACCUACCUACAGCCAUCCCUGGGAACCGAACUCCCAGCAUCAGCGAGGCAAAUUUAUGGGAGCACCCAUUGUGCAGGGUGGAGGAGUGGGGAACUUGACAAUCGGAGACCUGGAGAGUCCCACCUACUACAGCAUGCCUCCCGAGCAGCCCAUGUCCGCAGGUAUGGCCAUUCGUCGCAGCCUUCAGACUGCCCCCCGCAGCAUCAAGCGUCCCAAACGAAACGCUGGUUCUCUCUCGUCCGUGGAUGAUGACGCCGAUAGCAUUGGAGAGGCGGACGGGGACGUCAGCUUCUACGGUCGGUCGCCGGCUUCGCUCGGCAGUCAGUCCUCUAGCUGGCAGAGCGAUAUUGAACCAGGUACCAGCCCUGCCCUGCCUUCCCCGAACGUCAUCCACGCCAAGCCAAAGCCGUCCGACAAGCCCGGCAACUUCGGCUCUCCUGCUAGCACAGGUGGGGCUCCUACGACCACCGCAACCACGCCCGCCGCCAUGCAUGCUCUCCCGCAUCCCGUUCUUUUGACUGGGCCCGGAGGUGCUGUUUACCCUACAGCUCUAGCCUUCAGCACAGCGGGGUCGUUCCAACAGCCAGGGGGGUACUACCAGCACCCCCUCCGCUUCCACCACAACCCGGAGAGCAACACACUGGCAGACUUCGUUCAAGUCGUCUGCAACCAAGAGGCUCAGAACCAAGAGUCGUAUGCACAUGGGACUCGGGAGACUUGGGUAAAGCUGGAACGUUCCGUCCCACAGGUCUGCAAGAACGAGAACAAGUUCAACCCCUCCAAGUGCAGCCCCGGACCCUUCAUUCCUGCUACCAUGCUGCCUCCACCCCCGCCCCCACCCAUGGCGCGACCUGUCGCCCUGGUGACGUCAGGUGCGAGAUCCACGACAAGUGCCACGCCUUCUCCCACCACCUCCACCACCACAUCAAGUGCAGCCAGUGCACCGGGGUCCACCUGCCCCACCACCCCGCCUGGUAACCGUGCCAUCAUGACCAGUCCCUUCGCUGCACUGGGCCGGCCGGAGACGGGCUUCAUCCACCCACAGGCACAGCACCAGUAUCCUGCUGUUCCAUCAGUUGCUGACAUACCCCAACAUCAGCCCCGUCAGUAUGACUGCCCUCAGCCCCAGUGUGCUGGCGUCGCCCAUGACAACGCCACGGACCACGCCCAGAUCCACGCCCAUCCCUCGCUGGACGGCCCCGUUGAUCUCACUGGAGGAGAAUGCAGACUACAACAUGAUGGCCGGGAUGGUACAACCUAUGAACCCUGAGGAAGGCAUGCUAAAUGAAGUCCCCGUCCACUCUUCUUCGUUGCAGAGCGCUUCUUCCCAAUGAUGCCCUCAGAGCCCAUGGAUACAACCGCCAACAGCAGCACACAGACCAGCCCCACCAAGGAGGCUGCCGCAUGACCCUCUGUGUCCCGCUGCCAAAGGAAAGUAGUUCCUUGGGGCUGUCGUGGCAGGAUUGUGACAGCACAACUUUGUACAAAAUAGGGGAUGACAAAGGUUUUCUGAGUAAACAAUAUGAUACGCUGGUUAGCCCUACCAAGCAGUGUCUGCAGAGGAGCUGGGUCUUUUCUUUAACAACAGCAACAACAACAACAGAAACAAAAAAAAGUUCCUUCCUGAUACAGAAACCUAUGAAAGACAAUUUUAAUACCAACUGUGCAUGUUUUCCAAAGUGCUGAGGAGACCAUUUGUAGCUGUUUUAAGGAUUUAUACAUUUAGAUAAGGCAGGAGAGAUUGUAAUAAGCUCAUCUUGCAGUCUGCACAACUGCAAGGUCUUAAUAGACAUAUGGUUAGGUUACUUCUGCUUUGGACAUAGAACGUAGAACUUAAAGAAGUAGGGAAAGAAGUACUUUUAAGACUUUGGGAAUGGAGUUGUGCCAACCCAAAGUCAUAACUAAGCUGCUCCUACCAUGUAGAUGCCUUUAACACAAGCGAACACAGCGGAAUACUAAUACAUGAUAAUCAAUAUCAAAAUAAGUCUAGCUAAUCAAUAUAACAAGACUUUAGUUUCCGACAUGGGUUGGACAGAAUUUUUAGCAGAUGGAUUUAUGGCUGUCCAGAUGAUAAGCUGGAUUAACUACUAUGACAUUAUAAAUUAUAUAAGAUAAGAUUAUACAGGCAGAGUUGCAGAGACAGGACACGUCCACAUUUGAUUUUUAAAAUGGACAAGUAUUAACCCUAACAUUUUCCUUUCUUUGUUAUUGAACUGACAGUAGCUCUUUAGUGUUUAGAGUAUAAAAGCAAGAGGCUGAGAAAGACUGAAUCAGUCACAGUGAAAUAAUCUCAGCCACUAUGUACAUAUUCUGGUCGGAAGGUGUUUCAGCAGUUCAAAUUGUAUGGCAACAUUGAAGAGUAGCCUAAAGGAUUUAUUGCACUCAAGAAUUUCUCGUUUUUUCCACAGAAUGUUCUUGACAUAGGAAAAUGAAAUACUGGAUACGUUUUACCUAGAAAGAUUUAGUGUUGAAGACAGAGGUAUAAGCCAAGCUUGAUUACUUGACUUUCAUUUUUGAGGUAGAGAUAUAGCAGCAGGAACAGUUGUAAAGGUGAAACAGUUUUGUUGCAGUUUCUGCCACCUAGAGUCGUAUUUGGUCAUUGUGAAGGUUGUCAACCACCCAAAAAUGUUCCAGCUUCUGUACAAAAAAUGUGAAAUUCCAGUUGAUUAGGAUAAGGGCUGAGCUCUAUAUAGAAACCAAUCAACUUAAACUAUCUAAAACCAAGAAACUUAAGCAUUAAAAACUGGCAUUGAAGCUUGAAAAUCAGUUCUAAAUGAUAACCACAUGGCUAAGAUACUUCUUGAGGUUGACGUCCUUUGUUUUCGAGGGAAACUCGCCAGUUCGAAUGAUUCUAACAUCACCAGGUAUUCUGCAGACACUGCUUCGAGGGCCUGUUUUCUGCUUCCUUAAGACACAGCAACCUAUAAGUAGCACCCUACAGAACUUUAAGACAGCCACGUCAGCUUCUUCUCCACUGUGACAAUUAUUGCCAGUUAGUUAAGAAUUUGAGAUGUAACGUGGCUCAAAUCUAUUUUUCUGUGACUUAUAAGAGAUGACUACUAAGCAAAAAGACGGAGCUGAGUGGAGACAAACUUGUAUGUUGAUGUUGUUGGGUGUUGCACUUUGUACCCUUGAGGGGAGUUAAUCAGCACAAGGAAGAGUAUUUAUGAAGAGAAGAGAAGCCAAACGAAAUUGCAGCAAUAACUCUAAAGUGUGAACUAUCAAUAUUGUGUAGUGUGAAUAUCUCAUGGGCCUGUUGGCCAUGUAUUUGCUUCUGGAGACGAGAAAAAAAUGCACACGGAAGCUUUUAGAAAUUUUAUGCUUUGAAUUCUAUGAAGAUGUAGCCUCUAUAAAUGUAGUAGAUAAGCCUUUUUUUUUACUAUCCUGAUCAAUUUAUAGGAAAAUGUUACUAACCUAUUUUUGCUGUCGCCAGGUCUUCAUUGAACAGUCGUUCCAAAAAUUACAAAUUAAAGUAAGGGGCCUUGUCUAAUGUUUGACUUUGCCAAAGGUAGUUCCUGUAUAAAUCCUAAGUCUUUCCUAGGACAGGGAUCUAUAGAAGAGUAAUUUGUGGCCUGCUAUGGAAACUUGGCUAGUAUUUGUUUGACAUAGUUGUUGUUCCAUGAAGACCUUGGUGCUAACGUUGCGAGCGUGCUAUCUGUGAAGUAGAUGGCACCUUGUUGUAUCAAGUUCUUGACACCGAGGGUUCAACUGAAACAUUUGAGAGAUUCUGCUAACGCUGCUAUAUAUAUAUCUAUCUAUUUCAAUAUAUGUACGUAUAUCUUACAAGUGUCUCACGCCAAGCCAUCAUCUGAUAGACUAUUUGACUUCUGCUAUCAUCUUGACAGCCUUGUUGUCACAUACAGGGCAAGAUGUUUAACAGAAGUUUUUUGACAUAGGAAAUUUAUUUCAGUGUUGUAGAAACUAUAAGAAUUUUGACAUGGAUUGUUUGAGUUGGAAACAUGUUGAUAUGUCCGGAUGGUGGACUUCGCGUGACACACUGCCGUAGCCUAACCUUGCUAAUGAUGCCUCUGACAAUUCCUGCUGAUGUCUUCCACGUUUUCAAACCCACGUCCGCUUCAUCGUAGUUCAAGCCCGACCACUUUACGUCCAUUCCAAAUCUGAAAACGUUGCGUUCUGCACACAACCAACCCAAACAAUGUUCUGCUCUGACCUGCCUCCUCGAUUGUUUGUGUAAAUUUUAAUUUAGAAAGAGUUGCACAAGUUUCUGACUAGAGUGGUUUGUACAGAAAGGAUGUAAAUAAGCUAAAAGUGUGAAAAUUAUUUAGAUAUUCUUAAUAUAUAUUUAUAUAUCCCUGUAUAAAAUGGUUUCUAGAACAGGGGGUAUGUAUCAUAGACAAGUGCACAUUGUGAUUGAGAGAAAAGGAGAUCAGUAUGAUUCUGCCCUAUUUUCAAUGCAGAAUUUUGUAUUUUUUUAGAGCCCCUUACUUGGAACAAUUUUAUGCAAGAGAGGAAGAAGUAUUUCCGAUGAAAUGGACUUGUGGGUCGAACUGCCAUCUACUGUGACCCUAUCUUUGAAAUGGGUCUGCUUUAGAGGCAGUGAAUGUGUCUGUAAAAUGUCUUGGAAAGUGUUGUUUGCACUGAAAAGUCUAAAUUAUUCCAAUUAACUGUAGGAACUAAUCAAUUAUUAUUACGUUCCCCUUUAUUUUCCAUUGUGUUUUUGCUUUGUAGGCCUGAAAGUGCCACCCCUGUGUACCAACUGUUGUUGUUCUUGUGUGUGCUGACUGUUAUAUUUGUGUUCAUGGGCCUAUGGUUAUUUUGUACCAUGCUUUUGUACCUGCUGUUUCGUAGCCAAAGGACAUCUAGUAGCUAUGCAGUGCUUUAUGCAAAUGCCUUGUGCCUAGAUUUAUGCCACUUGCACCUCUCAGUGUAAUCCCUUAGAAGGAGGGGGUCUUACCCGCACAAAGCUUAAAACGACGGCAAAACCUUAACAGGAACCAUUGUGCAUCAGUUCCGCAAAUAGUUGUGUAUGUUAUAAACACAGGAUUGGUUAUUGUGGUAUUUACUGUGAUGCACGAUUGCCUGUUACUAAAUGGUUUUGCAAUAUAGCCACCCCCUCCACCUUUGGGGUUGACAUUGAGAGACCCAUUAUGUUGAAGGAGAAACAAACAAUGGGCUUCCGAAAGUUGGGGGGAGAAAAUCGAAGAAUGGGAACUUCACUUGUUAACUGGUCUGUUACGGUUUGGACCAGCAUUUUAUUUUAUUUUAUUUUCUGAAGAUGUAUCGAAAAGAGUGCAAUAUUUUUGUAUAAAGAAAGGAGUAACACAAAGGACAGAGUUUUAAAAGAUGUGUGAUGAUCUGGAAAUUGUUAUGGCUUGUAUAUAGACAAUGAUGGUAUGUUGAUGAUAAGAAUUGAUACUGCAAGCAAAAUGUGUGGGUCGUGUUAAAGGAUGGGAAACUAGGGAUGGCUAACUCUGCUUUGAGUAAUUUUAGAGCAAUUGUUUGAAGUGCCUCUGUAUACUGCCUAACUGCUGUUUCCAUGGUAGCCAGACGACCCCCAACCUUUCACCUUUCACCCCUUGCUUGGGAAACAACCCUCCUCACUCAAUUGCUCCGGUACCCUCGGAUGAUGAAUCUGCUAGAACAGUUACUUAAUCAAUAGAUCGGCUCGUAUCUACAGUAAAAUGCAUUCUAUUGACAAUGUUAUACCGUACUGUACUUUACAAUGUAUUUGCAGUUUUUUUUCUUUACCGUAGGUGAUAGCAUAAAAUAAGACAACUAACUAAUGAGUAGGAAAUGUCCAUGUCUCGACUGUGAACCCUCCAAUGCUGCUCACCCCCAGAGUUGGAUGAGCUGUUCCAGAGGUAGAGGGAUGAUUGGUAAUGCCUGGAACAUUCCAUGAUGUUAGUUAGGGGUGGCAGGACACAUUUCUAUAUUCUGGAGGGAGCCAAUGGAAGAAGAAAACGUGGACAACAAUGUGCCUCUGUAUUUCUGAUUGCAAAGCUUGGUGAAACACAGUAUGGGAAGAUACAGUACCUUAUGUUACUUGACACAACACAGCAGACAAGUUUACAACGUAUAGCCAUUAAUGCACAAUAAAUGUUGCAUUCCAAACUUCA